AUGUCAUAGGUUCGAGAUAUAGAAGUGGCUUUUCGUCGAAGAAAUGUGGGUGGUGUUGACGAUAUUCUGGGACAUCCAUUCAUGUCGUUCUUCUUAAAUCUGCUUGAAUCAAAAGUUGUCGACGAUAUUUGCGUUUUUUAUCCGCUCCCAGUCGGCAUUGAACGAUCCAUAGUGCUUCGCAUCUUGAAUGGAAAAACUUCUGAAUUCGCCAACAUGAGCGCGACAGAUCUUCUUGCGUUAGAAUCAAUGAACGAUACUGACCUUACUUUCACCGAAGCGGAGCAGUUCUACACGAAACAGGCGGCACGUUGGCCGGAACAUCUUGACAUGGUGACUAUUCCAGCCAUCCUUCCAUUCCCGGAUCCCAAGAAUGAUAAAUUGCAAGAUCCAAGCCAGGAUGCUUUGCUCAUGUCUUUGAUGCAACGCAUAUCAUGUGAGCCUUUGAAGCAGCUGCCGUUCAAGACUACACCGCUCAUGCCGCCAUUAUAUCCCAUUCAACCCAUAGAGCUCGGAUGCGACGAUAUAGAGGAGUUGCGAAAUCGGGUCGCUGAUGUUAAACCCGCUGCACCUGGACCUUCAAAGGAAAAAACGUCUUUACAUCUCGAUAAGCCUCCUACUCCAACAAUAGCAAAUGCAGCUCCUAUUCAGGAGCUGACCGAAGAACAAAUGGCAGAAUUUACGAGAAGGCUGUUGGAUGGAAAAUCGCUGACGUAA